AUGGACAUCGACAACAACCAUAACGCUGAGUCUGGCCUCUUAGAUGAGAGCUGCCGGGGAACCUCAAGGCGCGAUAACCUCCGCCAUCAUUCGCACGAGGCUAUUGGCGGCGAUCAUGGCAGUGCUUGCGGACCCAGGGGCGGCGAGGACAGCCGGGAACCCACAAUGCACGACAUCACCAACGUAGCGAUGGUUCACGAUGGCAUCCUUCCUCAGGUCACAGAAGCCGGGAAGGGUGAGGCAGACGAUCGCGCGAGUGACCGCGGCAUUUGGGGCCUGGGUUCGGGUUCACAUGCCAUACCCCUUACCAAUCCACUCUCGGAAGACUUAGCUGUCUUGAAGGUCGAACAGCGUAUCGUUCUGCUGCUUCGGGACGAAGACACUUAUGAUGGGGGUAUGUACCCCUUCAACCUGCCGACUGAGCCAGACCAUCAGUAUGGCGCUCUCCUGGAGCUGCGAAAUCUUAAUUGUGAUAUGAAUCCACGCCAGCUCGGAGCUCUUUCCACAGCGGGCAGAUCUUGUGGUCGUGCAUGGAGCCACGUUCUGACCAACCACCACGAGCUGCACGUCUCUCGGGCGGAAGAGGAGAGCCAGGGCUUGCUGGCUCGCCGAUGGUUGGCGUCAUAA